AUGCCGUCACGACGGACAGUGGCCCUUGGACUGAAGCUGGGCAGCCCAAAGGAGCCAGCUGAACAAAAGACCCCAGUGCAGAUCACUCGGCGAGUGAGCAGUGGGGACUCUCCCAGCAUCCAAUACGAAGACGAUGCAGGACAUGGCCUGGGUACCUUGUUGCGGUCCUUCGCCAGGGCUAGCCAACGGGCCCUGGUCCCUGAGGACUUCGGCCUGCUGCGGCGAAGCUCACGCUUCCGGUCCUUGCGGCGCACCCCAAGGAAGGCUACAGACAAGUCCCAAGCCCCCACCGUGCCAGGAGCGGCCCUGGACGUGCCCUCGAAGGGUACAGACAGUAUCAGACGUCAAACAUCUGCUGGGGUGGGGCCUAAGGAACUGGAAACCGAGGCAGAAGGCAAAUCCGUGGCGGACCUCAUCGCCGAGCGGCAAUUGCUGGCGGCCUUCAAACAGCUGCGGCACCUGGAGACGCAACUGGUGGCUGGGAAGGCUUCGCGCGCCUAUGAACAGGACCUCACAGACUUUGUGCGGCGCGCCAUGGACGUAUGUCUGCACUACGACGGGCUGGCUGCAGAGAUCCGCGCCGUCGUGCGUGAGACGCUGGGCCCGGACGGCGUGGACGCGGCCGCGCUCACAGAACUGGCCCAAGUGGUGCGUGCCGAAGAGGAGGCCCACCCGGAGCCCCCUGAGGACGGUGACUUCCUGCGCAUGCCGCGCCGUUGGCGCCAGCAAUGGGAGGACGAGGUACGGCGCAGCGCUCAGGAGCGCGUACAGCAGGCAAACGCUGCAGAGGCCGCGGGGGACGAGGAUCGCUCAUCCGACCUGGCCCGCCUUCUAGCGGAACUCGGCUGCUUGGUCCGCGGCGAUCUAAAGAAGGUGCGUUUAGAGGUGCAGCCCGCCUAUGCGGCGGCCGGCUUCCAAGCAUGGGAGGCCUACCUGCACGCCUUCCACGACGCCGUGGCCCUGCGCCUCCAGGAGCUGGCGAAUGAAGCCCACGGCUGCGAGCAGCUCUACGUCCUGCUGGAUUGGGCCGCCAAUAUCUACAGAAGUCCCGACUUCCUGGAUGCCCCUGACCUGGCGUUGCCCGCAGAGCCGCUGCCCCCGCUGCUGGCACCCGAAGUAUGGGCCCGACUGGAGAAUGACUACACCAGUUUCCUUGAGACCAAGAUCAUCAGGUGCUUUGAAAACAUCCUGCAGUUGGAGCAGAGUCACUGGGCGGCAGAAGAGGCCCCGGAAGUGUUGCAGGGCCAAUACCAUGCACCCCUGUCCAUCGACAUUCACAUGCUCGUGGCUGAGCACGUGAAGGCCGCCGGCGCCAUCUCAGCUGAGCUGGAGGCCACCACCCUACAGAUCUGUGCGCGAGCUCUCAGCCUCUUCGUGCCUAGGUUUGAAAAGACCUUUUUGGAGUCCGAGGCUGUGAACGUGCCACACCUGGGUGCCUACAUCAACUCUUGCGAGGAACUCAGGACCAGUCUUCUGGCCAGGUUCCCAGGCACCUUUGAGGAGUUGGGGAAGCCACUGGCAGCUACCACCUCCAGCUUCCAGAAACGUCUGCUCCAGGUUUUGCAGAGUGAUGUGCAGCCACUCUUCAAGGUCCUGUGCACCAAGGCCUGGCUGACACAAGAUGCUCUUCAGCCCCUCAUGGACAAGGUGGUAGACUUUGGCCGUCAACUCGAGCUCGUGGCUCCCCCUAAGGCACAGGAGAUCCUGCGAGAGGCGCACCGCUAUGUGAUCCGCGAGUACCUGGUGCAGGUGCUGAGACCACGCGAGCGGUUUCGGGGUGCCGAGCGCGUGACUGGCUCCCAGAAGAUGAACCUUGAUGCUCAGGCCAUUAGUGACACUUUUCAGGGCCUGGGCUCAGAGGCCUCAUGGCUGGACCAGGCCAUCCCGUGCGUGUCGGACAUCCUGGGGGAAACGCACAAAGACGACAUCCAGAAGCACCUGGAGAUGCUCAUUGAACUCUAUCCCGAUGUCAGGCGGGAGCAUGUGUUGGCCGUGCUGGCGCUACGCCGACUGGGCCGCCGGCGGAACCAGCGCCUGCUGCAGCGCGCCCAGGACCUGCUGAGGGCCUCGGCCAAGGCUGGGGACACCGGGACCACUCGGGACCGCGUGCUCUUCUCGGAGAUCGAAAUGCCCACCUUCAUGGACAUGUUGAUCACUUGCAUCUAA